ACAUGUAUUUUUGUAAUUUUUUUGAUUUAUAUUUAAUAAAUAUUAUAUUUUAUUUUCAAUGACAUAUCCACAGAGUAAGAGGAUCAGUGAGGUGGAAGCAUCCUGGGGACGUGCUAGCGAUUUAAGCUCUUUUGAAAGAGACUCGAAAUCCCAAGAUCUAGAAACACGUGACGGAAAUACAAAGAAUGUUCACAGGUUACCUUUCUUCAAAGCGAGCUUGUUCGCCACCACACUGGAGGACAUCAUGGCUCAGCUCUACGUACUAUUUGAAAUAAACACAGAGCUGCGUGUGCUUCAAAUGAGAACGGAAAUGAUAGAAAACCUUGCUCGUAAAUAUGGAGUCAAACAGAAAACAGUGAUAAACGAGCUUGAUGAAAUCGAUCCUAAAAAACUUGGCUCUCUCGAAUAUAAGCUGAAAAAACUGCAAUCGGACCGGUAUUUAGUUCUGAAGGUCCUUCAAGACACGUACAUGGAUCUCUCACUUAAAUGUCAAUACAACGCAUUAUAUGAAAACGUUAACAGGAUUUGGGAUCGUCAAUGUCAUCUUAAAAACCUUAUUGAAGUGGAGUCUAACAAUAGAAUCCUUCGACGCGAACUAAAUCGGCAGCUCCGCCAGCAAAGGAACCAUGUAAAAUCUAUAACUUAUGACACUAACGUUGACAUCGAACUCCUCAAAUCUAAUUUAGAAGACUCCGAGUUAAAUUCUGAAAUUCGAAGCCGCUACGUUCUUAGCUGGCAAGGAGCUCGAACAGAACAGCACAUCCAGAUGAUCCACGAUAAAGAGUUCAAGCCAAAUCAUGCCAUUGAAUAUUUUAAAAUGAAAGCCGACCAGGAACAACGCGUCCACACCGAAAUCGAACUGUUGAAUAAUAUUAGAAUCAAUGAAGUCCUUGUUGAAGUCGAACACUGGAUGGGUAAGUACGACAAAGAUAUUGAACGCUUGGAUCUAAAAGUACAAUUGAAGAAAAAUGACUACGAAGCUGUUUGCGAUAAGAGAGUUGAACUCGAAGAAAUGCUUGUAGAACACGAAGAAUCAAUUAAUAGCUGGAAGAAAUUCAAGGAUGAAAGAGAAGCAGAUCGGCAAUACCGCGUAAAUAUGUUCAAUGCCGCAACUACAGUACAGGCGUGGUGGCGUGGCUUACUUGUACGACAGCAACUAGGACCCUAUAAAAUCGUUAAGAAGAAAGGACCAGCACCCAAACCAGAAGAAAAGUCAGGCAAAAAAAAGAAAUGAUAAGCCAAU